AUGAACGAAGGCAGCUGGGGCAUCUCUCACACGCGUGUGCCGACCGAGUCUCGGCCCAGGCACGUGGCCAUGAUUGCAGGGUUUUAUGAAGAUGUCAGCGCAGUUGCCAAAGGCUGGAAGGAAACUCCUGUAGAAUUUGAUUCUCUUCUUAAUGAAACCAGGUACACAUGGUCCUGGGGAAGCCCAGACAUCGUGACUAUGUUUGCCAAAGGCUCCCAUGGAGCCGGUUAUCCUUUAGAGACUUGUACUCCUUUUAUCGCUUGGGGAGCUGGAAUCAGGCUUCCCCAAAACGUGUCAGCUCAGAAAUUUGAUGACUCAUAUUUACAAGUAAGGUAUUGUCAAGACAAACUGUUAAAUGAACCACUGACCAUCCACCCCUGCCAGGCAACAGAGAAGAGAAAACACUUGCAGGAGUCAUCUUACAGCAGGAGGUCCAGGUAA